GAUAGAAAACUUCAUAAUCAACUGUUUUCAACUACUACAUCAUCAUUAUGUUAGCGAUAUCUCCUCCUAUGUUUUCAACAAUUGGAUGGCCCUUUGAAGAGUCUUUAAGUCAUAACCAGCAUCAGAAUCAAUUAUUUAAUUUUCAUGAUCAAGUUGAGGCAGAAAUUAAUUCAACAGAUCCCUCACAAUCCACAAGCAGUGACCUUAGCAUGGUCAAGAAGCUUGUUCAUAAUGCUAGCGAACGCGAUCGCCGCAAGAAGAUCAAUAAUUUGUAUUCUUCACUUCGUUCACUUCUUCCUAUUUCUGACCAAAUGAAAAAGUUGAGCAUUCCAGCAACAAUUUCAAGAGUCCUAAAAUACAUACCAGAAAUACAGAAACAUGUGGAAGGACUAGUUAAGAGAAAAGAAGAGAUCUUAUUGAGACUUUCUCCACAAGUAAAUGAAGUUAAUAUAACGAAAGAAUCUCAAAAGAAGAAACAUAGUUACAACUCUGGUUUUGUAGUUUCAACAAGUUGGCUAAAUGAUAGUGAAGUUGCUAUUCAGAUUUCAUGUUACACUGUCCACAAGAUUCCACUUUCUGAGAUUUUGCUAUGUUUAGAAAAUGAUGGAAUUUUGUUGCUAAAUGUUUCUUCGUCGCAAACCUUUGGAGAGAGGAUCUUCUACAAUUUACAUUUUCAGGUGGAUAGAAUCCAAAGAUUAGAAUCCGAUAUUUUAAAUGAGAAGCUGUUAUCGAUAAUGGAAAGGAAGGAGAGUUUUCAAAACAAUAAAAAUUAAUUACAUUGAUUUGAUAUGUGGGUUUUGCUUAUACAAUUAUGCAAAUGUUGGAAGCAUGAAUUGUAGUUUUGCAAGGUUUCUCAAGUGUAAUUUUAGGUUAAUUCCUUGUGGAAUGGUCAACAAAUUAUAUA